GCGCCCUUUUACCCAGAAUAAAGAAGAAGGGUUUCGAUUCUGUGGUAUAUUGUCUGCGGAAGUCUGGGCGGAAUUACUACAAAACCAUUAGUGGUAAAGGUAGGGACGAUUCAAAUGUAAAACACAAGCUUGUUAUUUUUUAUAGCUCUGAAAGUAAUUGCUCACUUGCAGAUUUUGUCUGCAUUUUUGUGACGAAUCGUGUGUACGCAGUUUAUUCGAAGUGGACCGUGUUGUGUAUUCUUAAGGGGAUGUUGCUGCUAUGCAGAAUCCCGGCACUGAGAAGAUGGGAUUGGGAGUUUGCCUGGAGUAUCAUCAAACGGAGAAAGGGACUGGUCCAGAUUCAGUUUGUUCAUCACAGUACAAUGACUCUCAGUGCACUAAUGGGGGUGAAAUUACAGUCGACCAAAUAAAGUCUGAAUCAAGUGGAGAUAUAGUAGUUUCCAGUGGAUUUGUAGAGGAGAAAUCAGAGGCACGACUAGAAUGGGAUUGUAAAGAGAGAUCAAACGGAGCUCAUCAAGAGGAGCAGCCCAUUCCUUCAUCUCCGAGGAAUGGAAUUGAUUUGAGCAAUGGAGGACUUUUGACUACAAGGACAGACAGUAACCCUUAUUCGGUUGAACAAAGAUAUGGUUGCAAUGAAUGUGGAAAGAUAUUUCCCAAUGUAGCUGCCGUUACGAAACACAUGAAAAUGCAUUCAGCUGAAAAAAAAUACAUUUGUGGACAGUGUGGAAAAGGUUUCACCCGUUCAGAGUAUUUGAAGAAACACCAGAGUGUUCAUACAGGUGAAAAGCCCCAUGUAUGUUCGGAAUGCGGACAGAGGUUUACUGUAGCAGGAUCUUUAAAGGUCCACAUGAGGUUUCAUUCUGGGGAAAAACCAUAUCAGUGCACCGAAUGUGGAAUGAGGUUUUUUACCCGAGCAACCUACAAGAACCACAUUUUAAACCAUUCUGGAGAAAGACCAAAUGUCUGUGGUCAGUGUGGAAAGAGUUUUAAGAAUGCAGUCUCUCUACGAAGACAUUGUCACUCUGAGAAACCUUACAGCUGUAGUGAAUGUGGAAAGAGUUUUACCACGUUAUUCCACUUAACUGUGCACAAGAGAGUUCACUCUGGGGAAAAACCGUACAGCUGUACUGAAUGUGGAAAGAGUUUUACUAACAGAACACACUUAAAUAUGCAUAAGAGAAUUCAUUCAGGUGAGAAGCCAUAUAGUUGUACAUUGUGUGAGAAAAGUUUUGCACAAAGAAGCGGAUUAACAGUACAUAUGAGAACUCAUUCAGAAGAAAAACCAAGCAAGUGUGACCAUUGUGGGAAACAUUUCAAGUGUACAUAUUACUUAAAAAAACACCUUAAAGUUCAUUCUGGUGAAAAAUCACAAGGCAGAUUGACAAGAACUGUUAAGACUGAAUCUGUUACGGAUUGUGCCAACACAGCAUAUACAACCAUCAUACAGAAUGCAGAUAUGAAUGAUGUUUCUCUGAAUGCAAGACAAAUGAAAUCUGAGCAUAUUGAUCCAGAUUAUAUUCAGGUGGCAGAAGACCCCAAUACACAGUGUAUCGAUAGUGAGAAAUUUACUGAAGCCAAUCUUGAGUCAAGAAGACGUCUAGCAAUUUUCAAGCACAUAGAAAAUUCAAAUGCAAUGCAGGAUCUCAGUAUUGUCAAGGUGGGACUAGAAGAAUGUCUGGAUUCUGAGGAAAUCAAAAUCGAAACGACUGAUCCAUCCUGUGACCAGAGACAUAAUGUUGUGUCACAGUUUGCUGAUUGUGACAGAACAGGUGUGAAAUGUGAAUUUAGUGAAGGCGUAACAGAUUUAAAUGAUUUUGCAACUAAUUCUACAACUGAGGUGUGUAAUGAGGAUGAAGAGACAUUUGAAAUGGAUUUAUUAACUCCAGAUACCAAGCAGUUGUCAUUUUCCCGAAAUGAUCACAAUAAUCAAAAAAGUUAUUGUGUCAACUCAUUCCAAAUAGAACAGCACCAGCAGGAUAACUCAAAUAUGAAUAAAUAUGGUUGUUUGGAUUGUGGAAAGCGUUUUAAAAGCCCUUCUAGCUUAAAAGUACACAAGAGGGUUCACUCUGGGGAAAAACCAUACAUCUGUACCGAAUGUGGAAAAAGUUUUGCCCAGGCAGUGCACUUAAAUAUACACAUGAGAAUUCAUUCUGGUGAGAAGCCGUAUAGUUGCACAAUGUGUGAGAAAAGUUUUGCUCAAGGAAGCGGAUUAACAGUACAUAUGAGAACUCAUUCAGAAGAAAAACCAAGCAAGUGUGACCAUUGUGGGAAACAUUUUAAGUGUAUGUCUUACUUAAAAAGACACCUUAAAGUUCAUUUUCGUAAAAAAUCACAAGGCAGAUUGUUAAUGACUGAUAAGACUGAAUCUGAUUCGGUUUGUGCAAACACAGCAAAUACAACCAUUAUACAGAAUGGUGAUACUGAUGAAGUCUUUCCAAAUGCAAGACAAAUGAAAUCUGAGCAUAUUGAUCCAGAUUAUGUUCAGAUGGCAGAAGACCCCAAUACACAGUGUGUCGAUAGUGAGAAAUUUAUAGAAUCCAAACCUGAGUCAAGAGGAUGUCUAGCAAUUUUCAAGAACAUAGAAAAUUCAAAUGCAAAGCAGGAUCUCCGUAUUGUCAAGGUGGGAUUAGAAGAAUUUCUGGAAUCUGAACAAAUCAAAACUGAAACAGUUGAUCCAGGCUAUGAUUAGGUGAGACAUAAGGUUGUCACAGUUUGAUGGUGGUGACAAAAUAACAGGCGUGAAGUGUGAACUUAGUGACAGCUAACAGAUUUCAUUGAGUUUGCAAUUAUUUCUGAGCCUGAGCUGUGUAAAGAGGAUGAAGAAGAGAGAUGUAAAGGGGAUUUAUUAACUCCAGAUACUGGACAGUUGUGAUUUUCCAGAAGUGAUCACAAUAAUCAAGAAAGUUAUUGUGUCGACUCAUUCCAAAUAGAGCAGCACCAGCAGGAUAAUUCAAAUAUGAAUAAGCAUGGUUGUUUGGAUUGUGGAAAGAGUUUUAAAAGCUCUUCUAGCUUAAAUAUCCACUACAGAACACAUUCAGGUGAAAACAUGCACAGUUAUAAUGAAUUUGAGAAGACCUUUGCAAAUCAGACUCAUUUGGCUAAACACGAAGAAACUCAUUUAACAGAAAAACAUACAUUUGUGACCAGUGUGGAAAAGGAUUCACAACCAGAUUCUACUUAAAGAAACACCAGAGGGUUCACUCAGGUGAAAAGCCCCACAUUUGUUCUGAGUGCGGACAGAGGUUUACUGUAGCUUAUUCCUUAAAAGUUCACAUGAGAUUUCAUUCAGGUGAAAAACCAUAUCAGUGUGCUGAGUGUGACAUGAGGUUUUACACCUGAGCAACUUUUAAA